CACUGGGAACACUUUUAAAACAGAUCAAAAGAUGAUCGGAGUGGGUCUUUAAUGUGAAUGUGCUGUGUUUUAAAACUUUAUUUAAAACUUAUUUUUUUUUGUUUUUCUCAUUUGUAAAAAAGCUGCACAUUUGUUACAGUGGCAGCAUAAUCUUUAUUUACUACUUAAAAUCUGAAUUAAUUUCUGCACACUUUGCACAUCCUCUGCGUGAUCAUAACCAUUGAAGAAUUUUAAAGCUGAACUAAUCAAUUAAUGAAAAUGAUUUGAAUUUUAAAUCUCCAAACCAUCGCUUUUACUUUCAUCUCUUGAAUGCACGUGGCUCCUUCUGCCACAGUUUGAAGUACUUAGUAGUUGUGAAGGUGUUUAGGAAACCGAUGGAACGACAGAUGACUUUAUUGACAUGAAUUGAGAAUGUGGAGCCUGGUUUUUACAACUUUAUUAUUUUACUUCUGUGCCUUUUGCUUUUUCUUUCUUUUGCUUUACUUUCAGCACUUCCUCACAAUCAUUCCUGCAGCUGCAGGUGUUAUGUUUUUUUUUUUUUUUUUUUAAACUUCUGCUUGUAUCUCAUGUUGCACAAUCACAGCCAAUUGUCAACUUAUUCACACUGCAAUAUAUUGUACAGAGGGAAACUUAUUUAAAUCUUUUCCUUAUUUUUUAAGUUUUAGACAGAAAAUCUUGUAACUAUUAUGCACUGUUGGGUGGAAAUCAUAUUUAAAUGGUUGUUCUGCAGUAUGUUUAUAAUCACAGACGCUAUGUGACCCAUUUGAUGGGAUUCUGUCUUCUUCCGGGCCUUUUUUUGAAACCAUGCAGUUUCAAAACCACAGGUGAGGAUGAGUGUGAUUUUUUUACAUUAUAAAUGCUUUACAUUUGUACAUAAAUACAGGUGUUUGUGCGAUUAUCAGCUCCUUACAUGCAGUUUGAAAGCGGUGUUUGCGUCCCUCAUUACACCUUUGCUUCCAAUCAGGGACAACCAUCACCACGUUAUUUAUCAGAUUCUACAUCAUCCAUCAUUCCCUGUAGAAUGUAAAAAGAAAAAAACUUAUCCUGCUGUAAAUAUGUUGUAAAUGUUUGUUUUACUGUUUAUCUAGAAAGUUGUCAUAUUAAGCAUUUGCAAUUUUAUGAUCUGACAAGCUCCUGUGCGCUGUAUGAAAACAUUUUUUUUUAAAGAAAAAAAAAAACUAUUUAAUUUCUUCUAGUUUUGUACGUUUGCGCAGCUAAAUGAGCAAUUUAACUGUAAACGUGUUAAAAAAAAUGUAGGAUUUGACUCCUGAAAGUCCCUCUAUUCUGUAUUUACUUAUGUUGGUUUAAAGGCAAACCACUUAAAACUGAUAUUUCUUCAAAAAGUUGCUAUUUGUGUGGUUACAUUUGUGUCAAAAGCACAGCGCAGAUGAAAAAUUCUGCUAUAUAAUAUCCCGUUUUGUUUUUUAAAAACUAAUAAAAUGUAAAACAGAUUGAUUAAGUAUGAACGUUUCUAUAUAUUUCUUUUUUUAAUUAACUGUUAGUCUCAUGGCCAUAAGUGUCCUUGUGUAAGCUAGAGAGAAAAAAAAUGUUUGUAAAAUGAUCUGAACUUUUUUGAUAAAAAGCUAUUUUUGAAACAUUGUCAUUUAAGGCACUGAUAUGUACAGUAAAUCAUAUGGAGUCAACUCUAUGUACCCCCAUUAAUCUGUCAUUUGAGUCAAGAUCUGACAUCUACAGAGGAGAAUCUAAAGUUUGGUAAAUCACAUGGUCUCUUGGAGUGAACUUGUUUUAUGAAUAAUGUGCAGCUUUCAUUGUAGCUGAAUAAUCAGUCAAGUAACCUUGUAUGAUUAGUUUUUUGCAAUAUAUUGAUUUGUAAGCAAUCUGAUUUUAAAUUGUUUUUGUUGUGUGUCAUGUCUUUAUGAAUAAAGUUAUUCACAUUUGUGAGGCGAAAUUGUGCUAUAGCAUGUUUAAAAGUUGACAUUUUAAGCUAUACUGGCCCACUAUUCUAAAUGUUUACAUUUUUAACUAAUAAGGAUGUUUAAUGUUUAAAGGUUUGGAAAAUAUAUAUAUAUAUAUUUUACUUUAAUUAAAUUUUGCCACCAGUUUUGAUGAUAUUGAUACGUGAACACUUUAUCUAAAAGAGAUGAGAUGUCUUUAAAACAGGCCUCACCAAUAGCUGUUAGUAAUCCGAUUUUUAAAGGUGUUUUAGAGGACUAUUGGCACAAAUUAAAACUUUUUCUUUCUUUUCCUCUAACUUUCAACAGUAAACAGGCCUGCUCCGGGCUUGUUGCCAAAGCUAACACCGUAUCCUUGUGCAAAUGCCGCAACACACCCUGGAAAUGCAAGCAGUGACUUAUUAAAGCUGACGCUUUUGUGUACACGCAGUAGUGUCGACUGUGUUCAUCACUGAACUUUUACUACGCUUGAGUAUUUUUUGUCUUCUAUUUUCACCAAUGUUAUGUGACUGUGAAAGGUAACAUCUGUUGGCAAUGGACUCCCUACCUGUCGGAUGGACCGUGUUCAGCCAGGACCGGGAGGGCGAUGGAGCCAAGCUUAUCAGCGGGGCGUCUGCCGCUCCACACAUCCACGAUCUGUUCCACGAGGAUGCACAAGGUUUCCAGCAGUCCAGUCAACCGUGGUGGAGGAUCAAGCUGUUUGUGUGGGAGCCGGUGCUUUUUGGCACCUGGGAUGGGGUUUUCACCACCUGCAUGAUCAACAUCUUUGGGGUUGUGCUUUUUCUACGGACUGGCUACCUGGUGGGAAACACCGGGGUGCUGUUGGGGAUGUUCCUGGUCUCCAUGGUUGUGGUGGUAGCUUUAGUGACUGUCAUGUCGGGGAUUGGAGUGUGUGAGCACUGCGGUGUUGGCAGUGGAGGAGUCUACUCCAUGAUCUCCACUGUCCUCGGGGGCAGAGUGGGAGGUACUGUCGGUCUGCUUUAUGUGUUUGGACAGUGCGUAGCUGGAGCCAUGUACAUCACAGGCUUCUCUGAGUCUGUGGCGGAGCUGUUGGGCCUGCAGAACCAGUGGGCGGUGCGCUGCAUGUCGGCAGCAGUACUGCUGGCUUUGCUCGGAAUCAACCUGGCAGGCGUGAAGUGGAUAGUCAGGCUGCAGCUGCUGCUGCUGGCUGUGCUGGCAGUGUCCACUCUGGACUUUGUCAUUGGCACCUUCACACACCUUGAUCCAGAGCACGGCUUCAUUGGUUACUCCCCUGGGCUCCUUCGCUCCAACACAGUUCCAGACUACAGCCCGGGGGAGAGCUUCUUCACGGUCUUUGGGGUCUUCUUCCCUGCUGCUACGGGGGUCAUGUCAGGCUUCAACAUGAGCUCAGACCUUCAGAGGCCUGAGCACAGCAUCCCUGUGGGAACCCUGGCAGCUGUCUUCACCUCGUGGUUCCUGUAUCUGGUCUUUGUCUUCCUCUUGGGAGCCAUCUGCACACGAGAAGCUCUACGCUAUGACUUCUUGAUAGCAGAAAAGGUCUCCUUGGUAGGCUUCCUCUUUCUACUGGGUCUCUACAUCUCCUCCCUGGCCUCCUGCAUGGGCGGCCUGUACGGAGCACCCAGGAUCCUCCAGUGCAUCGCCCAGGAGAGGGUCAUCCCCUCACUGGCUUUCCUGGGCAGAGGGAAAGGCCCCAACAAAACUCCAGUGGCAUCCAUCAUCCUGACCAGCCUGGUGACCAUGGCUUUCGUUUUUAUUGGCCAGGUCAACGUCCUUGCACCAAUCGUCACCAUCAACUUCAUGCUCACCUACAGCUUCAUUGACUACUCCUACUUUAGCGUGGCCAUGACCUUCAGGCUUCAAAGAAAACGGAGGAGAAACACCUCUAGUCCUGGAAGAAGACACCGGCGAAGGUCCACAAAGCAGAGUUCCAGACCCCUUAUUGAAUCUGCUUUUCCCAACUACGGGAGCCCGCAAGGCAAAGGCACUCUGUUGGAGUUUACCAGAGACAUGGACCAGAUCUUUCCAUCUGUCGUCAGACCAGAGUCAGGAGCUGAGGGGAUGCUCUCGAGGCAAGAGGAGACCAACAAACCUCAGUCCAGACCAGCUACCACCAAACAGAAGCUGAUGGAGAGCUUCGGCCUAGACCUGAACCGUAAUGAUUUCUCAAAGGGGAAAGAAGGUGAGCCAUGUUCAUCUCCACUGCAGGAGGAAACUCAUUCACCGUGUGAGGAAGAGACGAGGGCUCCACAACAACCAGAAGCCAAAUGCCUCACAGAAAUAUGCAGUGGAGAUCAGGACUGGACUGCAGAAGCUCACAAUUGCAGCACAGAUGCCGAAGGUAAAGAACCACACCAGGGCUUUGAAAUUCAGCCGAUAAACAACUCCAUCUAUGCAAAACUAUGUAACCACUGGAUUGCUCUCUUUGGGGCUCUGAGUUCCACAUUGAUCAUGUUUGUUAUUCAGUGGGUUUAUGCUUUGGCAAACAUUCUAGUGGCAGUGCUGCUCUUCUUCUACAUUGGAAAGACAAGUCCUGGUCUGCCUAAAGGAAUUGCAUCCCAGUUCAGUUUCUUCACUUGGGUCAAGUCAGCUAUAAGUGGAUUUUGCAGAAAGAAGAAUUCUCCCCAAGAUGAAAUCGUACUGACGCCCUCUCUAUCUGGGAUUGGACUGAAAACCAAGCAGCUGACGCAGGAAAACAUAGACUUUGCGUCGCGCCAUCGCGUUCAUCAGUCUUCAUUUGUGAGUGCUGAUCAUAUGCUUCAACCAGCAGGCCACUGACUGACUCGGAUGCUGUGGGGUUACGAACACAAACACCAGUCGAAAAUCCUCUUUUACUGUCUCAGAAUGUCACCAUUUUUUUGAGAGGAUAUACAUAGAGUACACCUUCCUUUUUAAGGAAACUUGAGCCGUUUCUGCAAAAGAUGUGUGUUGAAAAAACAUGAGGUGCUGAGCAAGUCUCCUUGAUUCAUUUAGUAUCACUUAAAGCAAAAUAUAUGCUUAAAUUUGCAUUAAAAUGUGACUUGUAAUGUAAUCUCUGUUUUUGUAGCCAUAUUCUUGUAAAGCAUGAAGUACCCUGUACAUAAA